CUGGGCAGAUCCCUAGCUCCGGCUCUCUCCACACUGGCAGGAACAGAUCCCUUCAGGCCCGCCUUUCCAGUAUACUGAACUCCCUCCCUCCACCUGGCAUGCUCUGGGCACUGGGGCCUCCACGUGGAAGAAGCAUUCCAGUACCCAGGAAGACGGACUGUCAACGAGAUCAAGCGAAGAUUUCGGAAGACUUCUUCCUAGAGUCGAUUGGGAAGUUUGAAGAGGCACAAGAUACAGAUUUCUCAGGAAGGUCAGAAAGAAGCACACCGUUUCAGAACAGCACGAGAGGCCUGUGACAUUGGCGAUGGCCAGAGCCACCUGACCCCCCAGUGCGCUGAGAAAUGUGGGUCCUCAGGGGUCACAGCCCCCACCAGCUCCAGGCAGUGCUGCAGGUCAGGGCCCCGGGGCUCUGAGCAACCCACCCGGACACUCGCCGUGGCCUCGCUGCAGCCGCUGCUGCGACCCCUGCCGAUGAGGAUGUGUGCCCACGCUGCGGAGCUGCUCGCCGCCCUCGCCAUGGUGUUUGGGGCCGUGGUGGCAUUUGCACCCAUUCCGAGGAUCACCUGGGAGCACAGAGAGCUGCAGCUUAUGCAGUUUCACCAGCCGGGCAUCUUCAACUACUCAGUCCUGCUGCUGAGCGAGGACCAGAACACCCUGUACGUGGGCGCCCGGGAAGCAGUGUUUGCCUUGAAUGCACUCAACAUCUCCCAGAAGCAGCACGAGGCAUAUUGGAAGGUCUCAGAAGAUAAACAAGCAAAAUGCGCAGAAAAGGGGAAAUCAAAACAGACAGAGUGUCUGAACUACAUCCGAGUGCUACAGCCGCUCGGCACCACUGCCCUUUAUGUGUGUGGGACCAACGCCUUCCAGCCAGCCUGUGACCACCUGAACCUAACAUCCUUUCGGUUCCUGGGGAGAAACGAAGAUGGCAAGGGAAGGUGUCCCUUUGACCCUGCCCAAAGCUACACGUCUGUCAUGGUCGACGGAGAGCUCUAUUCCGGGACAUCGUAUAACUUCUUGGGAAGCGAGCCCAUCAUCUCCCGGAAUUCUUCCCACAGUCCCCUGAGAACGGAGUACGCGAUACCUUGGCUCAACGAGCCCAGCUUCGUCUACGCCGACGUGAUCCGAGAGAGCCCGGAGGCCGCCGCGGGCAGGGACGACAGAGUGUUGUUCUUCUUCACGGAGGUGUCUGUGGAGUACGAGUUCGUCUUCAAGCUGAUGGUCCCCCGGGUGGCGAGGGUGUGCAAGGGGGACCAGGGCGGCCUGAGGACCUUGCAGAAGAAGUGGACGUCCUUCCUGAAGGCCAGGCUGGUCUGCUCCAGGCCGGACAGCAGCCUCGUCUUCAACGUGCUGCGGGCUGUCUUCAUGCUCCGGGCCCCAGGCCUGAAGGAGCCGGUGUUCUACGGGGUCUUCACCCCACAGCUGAACAACGUGGGGCUGUCAGCCGUGUGUGCCUACAACCUAUCCGCGGCCGAGGCAGUGUUCUCCCGAGGGAAGUACAUGCAGAGUGCCAUCGUGGAGCAGUCCCACACCAAGUGGGUGCGCUACAAUGGGCCCGUGCCCACGCCGCGGCCCGGGGCGUGCAUCGACCGCGAGGCGCGGGCCGCCAACAUCUCCAGCUCCCUCAGCCUGCCGGACAAGACACUGCAGUUUGUCAAGGACCACCCUCUGAUGGACGACUCUGUGACCCCAAUAGACAACAGGCCCAGGCUGAUCAAAAGCGGCGUGAACUACACACAGAUCGUGGUGGACAGGACCCAGGCCCUGGACGGGACUGUCUACGACGUCAUGUUUGUCAGCACAGACAGGGGCGCCCUGCACAAGGCCGUCACCCUGGAGAAUGAUGUCCACAUCAUCGAGGAGACACAGCUCUUCCAGGACUUGGAGCCAGUGCAGACCCUCCUGCUGUCUUCCAAGCAGGGCAGAAGGUUCCUUUAUGCCGGUUCCAACUCGGGCGUGGUCCAGGCCCCCGUGGCCUUCUGUGGGAAGCAUAGCACCUGCCAGGACUGCGUAUUGGCCCGCGACCCCUACUGUGCCUGGAACCCAGCCACAGUGGCCUGUGUGGCCCUGCACCUGACCGACAGUGCCAGCAGGGGUCUGAUUCAGGACAUGAGCGGGGAUGCGUCCACCUGCCCCGAUAAAAUUCAGGGAAGUUUCCGGCAGCAUUUUUUCAAGCAUGGCAGCGCCGUGGAGCUCAAAUGCUCCCAAAAGUCCAACCUGGCGCGGGUGGUGUGGACGUUCCGGGACGGCGUGCUCAAGGCAGAGAGCCCCAAGUACAGCCUGGUGAGCGGGCAGAACCUGCUCAUCUUCAACCUGUCGCGGGGGGACACUGGGGUGUACCAGUGCCUGUCGGAGGAGAGGGUCAAGAACAGGACAGUCCUGCAGGUGGUGGCCAAACACGUCCUAGAGGUCAGGGAGGUCCCACGGACCCCGGGGACCUUCUCCUCUCCGGCCACCCGGACUGAAGGUGGGAGGAUCACACCCAAAGGGGCAGCGGGGCCCGUCCGAGGCUCCCUGCCCCAGACCCCGGCUGUGCGGCUCACCACAUCGUCCGGCCCGGUGCCCACCAGCACGUCCUGCGAACCAAAGGUCGUCAUCAACACAGUCCCCCAGGUGCAGUCGGAGAAGGCCACGUAUCUCACGUCCAGUGACAACCGCCUCCUCGUGUGCCUCUUCCUGCUCUUCUUUCUGCUCUGCCUCUGCCUCUUUUCCUACAACUGCUACAAGGGCUACCUGCCGGGGCCGUGCCUCCGGCUGCGCUCGGCCGUGCUGCCCGGGAAGAAGCGCCCCCCGCCGGGCUUCGACUGCGAGCAGAGCGUGAAGGAGACGCUGGUGGAGCAGGGCAGCGUCUCCCAGCAGAACGGAGGGCAGCCCAGGCCGGCGCCGGACACCGGCUACGAGACGGAGCCGGAUACCACGGCCAGCAGGGCGCCCACCGACAGGGAGGACUCGCAGAGGAUUGACGAGCUCCCGGGCAGGGACCGGCCCUUUGACGUCAAGUGCGAGCUGAAGUUCGCUGACUCGGACGCAGACGGUGACUGAGGCGUCGCCCGGAGAGGGCUUUGUGUUCCUGUGCAGUAGCCUCGUCCCGUGCGCGUAGGUAGCCGUCCUCCGCAGACCUCAGUUCUGUGUCUUUUCUCUUGGGUUGGACUCGUGACUCGGUUUCUCUUUGUCUUUUCGGAAAACAGCGAGCACCCCACCUGGGCUCCCUGGGUCGUGGGAGCACCGUAAGACGUGCCCGCGGGCAGGGGCGACCGCCGGACCGCCACGGGCCUGGAAGCAUAGCACCUGAGCAUCACCUCCUCAGAAAGCAGCCACUGAACGAUAAUUUAAUUCCAGAUUGGAAAGGACAUUUUAGUUUAUCAGAUUGGUAACUUACCGCCUGUUGUCCAGAUUGGCACCAAGCUUUCCUCCCACGUGAUUAUCUUUUAGGAUUUUGCUUUGAGUUGAAGUGUUAGGUCAUUUGUUUUUUAAGUUACUAAAGCAGAUGUUUUAAUGUUUAGAAGAUGUACAUCUUCUAGAUUUCAUUGUACAUUAGGGUAAGAUGCGGCUUACAUUGCUUAAGAUUCUCAGGGAUAAACUUACUUUGCUAAAUGCGUUCUUUCUGCUUUUAGAAAUGCAGACAACGCCGUCUCUUGAGCACACUGACUUUUUUUUAAAUUUUUAUUACUUGAGGGAAGCAUCAUUUUCAGAGAGAUUUCUUUCUGUACUCUUUCUUGUUUUAACUCUUGAAGAGGAGAAGGCAUGGAGGGCUGGCCCGUGACCACUGGCAGGGUUUUGAGCUAGGGAUGGUGGCCACCCGGGGAGAGCCGGGCUGGCCCAGAGCCGAGAGGCCAGCGUUUCACGGCCCGUUGCCCUUUGCCCCCGGUCCCAGCCUCCUGCCCAGGCAGCCUGGUCCCUGAACACCUCCGACCUCUUUUGCUGCCAUGUGACACCUCGUACCCACCCAGACUUCCCGCCUGGCUGACCUGAGCCGUCCACAGCUAGAAGAGAGCCAGCGGCGGGAGGGACGGGCGUGCCCACAGCUGCCCGCAGACACCGCCGUGCGUUCCCGUGUGGCCUGGCACGUCUUUAAGGGGUGACGGCAGUGCCCUGAACAUCGUCGACCUCGCUCCCCCUCCCGCUGUCCAGACGCCCCAUAAGAGGAGACAUUUUUCCGUGGCAAAGAGCAAUAAGCUGGGUUUUCGUGUGCCUGUGUGGAGUCUCUUCUUCCAGCAUGAUCGGAGUCCACUGUUUCGGUGUAAACAUUUGUGUUUUAUAAGAUUUACUUUAUUUUUAUUUUUCUACUUUGAAUUGUAUACAUUUGAAAAGUAACCGAAUAAAUGAGAAGCUUGUAUCCUAA